CAACUCCCGUUCCGCCUCAAUCCUGCAACGAAUCGCCCAAUUUCCAUUCCAUAGAUAUCGAUUUCGAUCUCGCGAAAAACGCACAAUGACGUUGCUGACCGCCGCAAAACCCGUUGCAGGGAGCCCCUGCGUUCCGGGUGCUGAAAUCAAGGUAAAUCUUAGUGUGAAAGCAGGGAACGAGUAGCGAAUUGUUGGUGACGAUGCUGCGGGGUGAGGAAGCUUUAAGUAUGAGGAUGUCCUGCAAAAGUUUUGGGUUGUAGGAUAUUUUUUUUCUUCUGUUGGAGAAUUGAUUCCUCGAUAUCCCGCUAGAAAACACAUUCUUGAUACGUACGGUGUCGCAAUCCUUCGUUCAUCAUGGCGGACACCCAGCAGCAAGAGAAGACUCAAGAACAUACGGCGCGAACUUACGAUGGGCCGGACCCGCGCGAGAUGCUGCCUCCUAGGCAAGAGGGGUAUAGAGCGGCUGCUAUUAGAGAGUCGAGGAUUAAGGAUAGGCCGUAUAAGCCUACGAACAGCAGUUUGAGGAUCAAGAUUGAGCUGGAUUUGGAGGUCGAGGUCGAUCUAUAUGCCAGAGUCAAGGGAGAUGUUACGAUCGGAUUGUUGUGAGAGGGAUGCGAUGAUUGAUACGGCGAAACGAGAUGCAUAUCUUUUGUUCCAAUGCAUGCAUGCAUGAUAUCGGUGUGGGCG